AUGAACUUGACAAUUGUUCACAAGGGCAGGUGUGCACAUAAAAGUACCAUUACACCAGUUCCACAAAUCAAUCACAGACGGCAGGCGCCAACGCAGUUCAGCUCUUUGAGUUUAUCAUGCUCUAAAUAAUCGUCAACAAUCAUUCCGGGGAUCCAAAUGGCUUCGUGUCGCUCAAACCGCCGCGGUGUAAAGAGCAGGCUGUGCCGUCGAGCCGAGUUAGCCCCGUUGUAACGGAUCUCCUCGUUCCGCACGCCUCAUCUCUUUCACACAAACUCUUCACUUCAAAUGAAAAUUCGACUGCUCUUAUUUUGCCAAAUAUUCCUAGUUUUUCUGUUAUUCGAACGGUCCGAGAGUUUCAAACCGCCUCAGCAUGUGUCUGCGACGAAAGGAAAAUUUUUCGUUCACAACUUGCAUUCAGCCAACUUUUUCCCAAGUACCGGUAUGUAAAUGGGUUCCGAUAUACCGAUAGACAUAAUUUCUUUCAGUGAAAGUGAGAUGGGAAGUGACUCUCAACAACAAGCCGGCUCUCCCAAAUUGGCUCCGUCUUCUGCCGUCUCGCCACCCGGAAAUCGCUUAUCUAAUCGGUGAUCGAUACACCAUUAAACUAAAAUCAUCUUGUGAUCUUUAUCAACGUUUCAGGCACUCCGGUUACAAAUGUGCAGCAAGUCACCUUACACGUGAUCGCCAAACGGUUGGAUAAUUUUGCUAUUCAACAACGGAUGCUAGUGAUAAACUUGGUGGAGGAUUGUGAGUAAAACAAAGAAGGAAAGUGAAGAAUUAAAUGGAAAAUGUUUAGCAAACUAUCAAGGAAACACACAGCAAGUUUUUGAGCUACCUUUAAACGGGGUCGACGUAGAAGAUCUGGUUUCCAAUCGAGACAGAAAAAUAAGUGAGUAACCCCAGGCGGUUUUGUAAAUUUGUGUGAUGUCAUUUUUUAUGUUCAGAUCAACUGGAAAGCGCAUUACGCAACACAUUCCGAGGUAGAAAUGUGAACCCGUAUAUUGCGGACAUCCGCCCAAGAUAUCUCAUUCCACGGGGAAAAGAGCACAUCUUCAAGAACAGUGUCGGGUGAGAAAAUCCAUUCCUUUAUUUUUAUUUUGGCCGUUUUUCAGAACUGUGGUGGACAUUGGAACACAACAAAAGUUCUAUCCGGGAACAUUUUCAAUUGUCAGAAAUCUGCAGACUACACCAGAGUUCUGUUCGAGACCGUCAUCGGUGGUGAUGAAUAAGUACUUUGCCCCUGUGUUUUCAGUUGACUGGUGCAAUGUUUUAAUAGUAAGGAAUACGGAACACAAGUCAGAGAAUUGUGUUUUGAUUUCAGAGAAAUGUGUCCGCAAUCUUUGAUGAGGAUGAUAGCGAGGAAUCUAUUAAAAAGAAGGUUACUCUCGAUAAGUCGGAAUCAAAGGAUAAAGAAGUGAGCUCAUACUUUUCGAAUCAUAGAAACAGUUGUUUUGACAGCAAUCAAUCGAUCGACCCGAACCGCCACCACAAGAAAUCUACGGCUACAGUGGAUACAACUUCUUCAACAGUGUCAUCCUGUUCCCCGCCAUUGCAAUCAUCUGUGUUAUUCUCAUUUUGGUACUGAGUCUCAUUUUUUUUGGAAACAGAGAAGGGCAGAAAUGGCGAGACUACAAAACUUCUGGGUAACUUAUUCAGCCUCGUCUUUUUUUAUUCAAAAUCUGUUUUUGUUGUAGUGAAACCAUGGAGGAGUACGUCAGUGUCUGCCAAAACCAGAAAAAGCUGCGAGAACUUUCGAUCCAGCGUCAGUUGCUCAGUAUGGGAUCAGAGACCAACUCGGGCACUCCAACCGGUGAGCGAAUCAUCGUAGUUUGUUAUCAUAGUUUGUGUCCAUAUCAGGAAUCCAUUCCUACUUGCAAACAAGAAGCAGAGCACCAAGCACCAUUGCCAGAUUCAGUAAGAGUGCGAGUCGCCUGAACGAUAGAGGUAUUUCGCAAUUAUUCAGGGUUUUCGCAGUUUUUUUUUUGAUUUUUGAUUUCAGAGGAUACAGUUGAACUUCUCCCGUCUAUUGAUCACGUUCCAGUUGGAAAGCAAACAGUAGCGGAAGCGGCAAAACAGUGUGGAAGCUCUCUCCAUCUCUACAGAAACCCCCUGAGUGACGAGAGUGACGAACACGAGACUGAGAGCUCUGAGGAUGAAAACUAA